AUGGGACUCUAUCAACUGGCAAAGAAGUUGCAGAUGACCCGUCAAGAUCUUGGGCAUAUAAUACAUCGUCCUGGUGAGGUACACAUCGUGAUGGACCAACUUCGCACAAUCGGUGCAUUCAUCGAGAAUAGCGGGCUGGACAUGUGCUGGGUCGAGUCGGAUCUCUAAGGGCCUUCCACUGUGAAGCAGAUUCUCGGUGGGAACCACGUGAAGAGAGGAGAAGCAGCGCACAUGGUUAUCUUACAAGCUCUCUUCAGCCUCUACCAGGAAGCCUUCUUCGUGAGACACCCAGCUGUGUUACUAUUGUUAAGAAGUCGGCUAACCAGUUAAGCGAUGCGUGUAAAAAAGGCAACAAACAAGUUAUUACAGCAAAGCACAAAGAACUGGCAAAGACCAUCGCUUCAACAGAGCUUGCUGCAAAGAUGGAGCAAUUUGAUGCUCAUCAUGAGGAUAGUCCACUGUUCAAGUUCACUCGAGGGUACAUGGCAAUGGUUAUGGAGAUGGUGACGUUUAUCAGAGCCGUGCAGACUGGAGACGGGAUCUCCAUUUAGAAGCCUACAGUUGUUUGUGAAGUACUUCUUUGCGCAAGACAUGCUAAACUACGCUCACAUGAUUCCUGUUUACUUGGCAGAGAUGGAGAUAGUAAAGGAGACCGAUCCUGAAAUCUACCAGGAGUUCCAGAAUGGUAACUGGGUGGUGAAGAACAACGCGAAGGUAGCAUUCUGUGCCGUUGGCGCCGACGGGCCUGAACACGUCAAAAGAUCAAUGAAAGUCUCAGGUGGAUUGAUUGCCCUCAGGCUGAACCCUACUGCAUGCGCGAAGUAGUUUUUGAUUGCACGUGGGUUAGCAAGGCUGGCAGAACAAGCCAAGCUGAUGGCAGGUACUUCAUCCAAGACUUAGACUAGCCAUCACAACCUCACCACUGCUGUCAGGUUACGUGAACAAAGGAACGUCUAGCAGCUGAACGCUAAUAUUCAACGCUUCACCAAUCCGUUAACAGUAGAAGGCCCUGACCUGAUGAUGAAUGAUUUUUACCUGACAUCCAUGUUCUAUAGACCGCAAGGCAGUAUGAGAUCAGUUGUGCUAUUUUUAAAGCAGUUAUCGUCGCCAAAGGCCUGACUAGGUUUUGCAUAGUAAUAAUUAUAUAUACCCGUAAACCUGCUAUGGUUAACAUGACGCCCUCGGAGCAAGGUUAAUAAUAGCUAACAUAUCGCAUAGCUAAGGCCUGGACUAAGUGUCAAGCCAACGUCGUGCCGAACGUAAUUCCAUUUGGUUUGACGAUUAGCGCGGGAGUGGUUCUAAACGCCAAAUUGGUUAGUUCUGUUUUCAUAAGCUAGUUGUAUUUCUUCUUUGCACUGAAAGCGCUAAUUUUCGGAAAGGAAUUUGGUUAAGCACGACAAUGGCUCGACGCUUAGACCAGGCCUAACAAGUGCCGGCAAGCUCAGCCUCACUUCCAUGUCCUCUCGUGUGAACAAAACAUAUUCAAAUGUAGUUCAAUUAAUGUGAACAAAACAUAUCAUCAUGUAUUUCACUUGUCGAUUCAUUUGUCUGAACAACUCCAGAAAAAGAAAUAUGCUUUUGAUGUUUAUUUGAAGAUAGUAAAUUACCAGUCUCGCUUUAGUGCAGUGUUGAUCACGUCAUCAGUAUUUAGUACUUAAGUCUAUGGAUAUGUAUUAGAUAGACUAUAUUAAAGAUUUCUGGUAUUUUUGUGGAAAUUUAUUGUAGUUAAUUGUAUUUACAUGCCAUUUUAUAUUCGAGCCUCGAUUCCAUGUUGAGCCAUAUAGGUCUAAAAAUAGACCCCCAAUAGCGGCCGCCGGUGCAGGUUACAAAAUUGCCGACAACAUUUUUUGUGUUCCUUAGGGUCCCCUUAACACAUCUAGGUAGGUGGUUUGCUUUCACCAUAAAAUUCCCACGGGAUUACAUAUGCUCCCUGACUAAAUAGCGAAACAGCGACACGAGAGAAAAACGUAACGUUAGUUCAAUCAAUUUUGGUAGAGAUUCAGUAUGGAAAAAGUAAACUGCUCCUUGCGACUAACAGCCAAAAGAGCUGCGGCAGAAGACUUUUGGUUCUAAAAUGACCUAUUUUUAGUCCAAGCAAACUAUUUAACAACACGUGAUAACCCAUACUUAUUUUUUUCUCAAAUUCCUGUUAAGCCCGGGCUUAAUGGCUUAAAGGCAGCUACUGGCUUCCAUAAACUGUUGCUUCCACUCAACCAUUCCAGUUACGGCCUGGAUAACUCAAGUACGACAUUCUAAAGUGUUUUUGAACACUUUGGAAUGAAAGAGGCCCCAAAAGACUGCUUGUGACAGAAAACGUUCCCAUUACGUUAGGUUCAUCCAAAACCCUCUGUACAUAUAUACUUGGCCUAGAUUGUUCAUACGUUGAAUAGCGCUUAAUUCACUAGAUAAAAUUCUAUCCAGCAGGUUUCAGUAAAAUCGAUAUUACUAUGACAACAAUAAACAAAAAACUUUGAACUUGAUAAACGCAUAAUUUUGUGUGAUCUAGACCAGCUACUGAAAAUCCAACACUAGGAACUUAAAGUUUGGUGUUUAUUAAAUAACCUCGGUCCGUAAGAAGUAAAAAAUUCUGUAUGUUUGAAUUCGACUAAAACGAAAAUAUAUUUCAAACCUUAAAUUUUCAAUACCGUGAUAGAUUAUUUAAUGAAAACGUUAUAACUGACUCCAAUUGUUUUUAAGUAGCGUCAGAAUGCUGCUUAAUAUCAUAUUUCGGUGCUAGGAAAUUUUGGUGUAUUUUCGUUCUUGCGAUCUUGAAAACUAACCCAUUUUCUCGCCACCUGUCUAAAUGCAACUUCAUUCAAAAUUUGAACUGUUAGCGCUUUUUGUAAAGACUCGAACGAAUUUUUUAAAAUCUCUUCACAUAAUCCUCAUAAUGUAUAUAAUAAUGUCUGAAACUUUCAUUAAGAUUUAUUCACUGCAACACUUUAAAAUGUCAAGACAAACCUAUCCUAAUUACCGGUCAAAAAUCCGCGCUACAACAUUUACUGUUUUGACGUUAUGCUAAUUUUUUCAAAUUAAUGCGGACAAUACCGUAUAUCCAUGACUAGUACAUUUCAGUGUGAGUAUUGUCAAUGCUUUACAUUAAAAAGACGCGAUAAAUUCAAACUAAAAUGUACUUGUCAUGGCGGUAUGUAUAGUGCGAAUUAUUUUGGAAAAAUUAGCAUAACGUCGAAACAGUACCCGUCCCUACGUAGCGCUACAACAUUCAGGAGAGAACCCUAGGAACGAGGUUGCAAAUUGACCACUUAAGCAUAUCUGCACUAAAACGUUUCCAAGAUAGUCAUACUGACAUAAAGACAUCCGGAAUCUUACCUCAAGAAAAUGUAGCAGGUUAAGCUUCCUUUGUAGCCUUUGCCAGUCUCUCUGGCAGUGCAGGCGAGCGAAAAAAGCGGGCGAGCAGCGAAAAAGUGAGCAAGUCUUCAUCUCUCUCCAGCCCAGGGCACGCAGUUUUCGUGCAGCUCUUCUCGAUCUGCUUUCCCUAUUGUCUUGGGGCCUUCUACUGCGCAUAUAGGUACUUAGUUAAAUAUGUCAAUUCUCAUUUUCCCUCCCUUUACAGUCCAUUCAGAAAACGUUGAACACGUCUGCUCCGAGUACCACUUUGAUUCCGAACAUGGUAACUGGGAAGACGCCGAGCAAUACUGUAAGAGAAGAAACUAUGAUGGUCUGGUCUCCAUGCAAACCGAUGGGGAAUGGAUGUAUUUUAAAAACAUUGCAACCAACAUUACACCAGACCUUUCACAAGAGCAACAGAGAGCACUUAAAAAAGGACGAUGGUUCAUUGGCUUAAGG